GUCAUCGGUCUGCGCCGCGCUCCGGCUGUUUGUUUUGGUUCGACAGAAGAUAGAAAUCCAUGUGCACGCAAUUGCAAAGAUGGCUUUUAUUAAAGAGGAAACUGAAGAUAUAAAGAUUGAAGAAGCAUUUGGAGUAAAACAAGAAGACACCGAUGAAGAUAUAGACCUGAUGGAGCUGAUAGAAGAGAGUAGAGAUCGGUAUAAGAAACGCGAUCGCAGCACUGGAGAAAAGUCUUUAAGUUGUUCACAGACCGAAGAGACUCCCUCACAAGAAAAAGCUCAGAAGUCUCGAGUUAGAAAUCGCGUCAUCUGCUCCGAGUGCGGGAAGUGUUUCAGCCAUCAAGGAAACCUUAAAGUGCACAUGAGGGUUCACAGCGGAGUGAAGCCCGUCGCCUGUCCUCAGUGCGGAAUCAGGUUCACUCAGCAAGUCAACUUCGACCGACACGUGCGGGUUCACGACGAAGACAAGCCCUACAGCUGCGAGCUGUGCGGAAAGAGCUUCACGGCGCAACUCAGCCUCGACUACCACAUGAACAGCCACAACGGUGACCGCGAAUUUUCCUGCGAUCAGUGCGGUAAGCGCUUCAGGCACAAAGCGGCCAUUAGCAACCACAUGAAGAUUCAUUCAAGAUUGGAGAGCUUCGUGUGUCGCCAGUGUGGAUCGAGUUUCACCGAUCCGAAUCACCUCCGGAGUCACGUAGUCACUCACUCCGGAGCGGAGCCUCACAUGUGCGGUCGCUGCGGGAAGGGUUUCGCCAACAAAAGGUCCCUCAAGGUUCACAUGGUGAUUCACACUGGAGAGAAGCCGUUCAACUGCCACGAGUGCGGGAAGAGUUUCAAAUUCCAGACCAACUUCCGGGCUCACGUGAGCGUUCACAUUGAAGAGCGGUCCUUCACCUGCCCUAUCCGUGGAAAGGGCUGCAAGCUCAAGCUUCGCGUGAGGCCUCGACCUUAAAUGUGUAUCGAUCAAAAAGCCUUCAACAAGCGACGUUUUCAGUGUUUUCCUCGGUGCGUCGUUUCCAAACACUACAUUUUCAUUGACCUUUUUAAAAAUGUUUAACUUUAUCUAUACGUAUGUAAAAUUAUGGUAAUAUUGCGUGAACAUUCACGUGAAAUUCUCUGUGUGUCAGUUUAAUGCGGUAACUUAUUUACGAAAAAAUAUGUAUUUAUGGUAUUCCGUUCUUCGAGAAUGAAGCGUGUGAGCCAAUAACUCAGAGAGGGAACUUUUUGAAUGAAUCGAAUCAAAUGAAUAAAGACAUUUACUGCCA